UCCUUUACUCAAACCCAAACCCUAACUCGGAUUCGAAUUUUUUUUUUUUUCCUAGAAUCAGAAAAUUAGGUAGCCAUGUUCAUAGAAUUCACUGAGUCCUAGAUACAGACGUAUAUUCAUUCACUGAUGCACAUUUUGAAUUCGGUUUGCGUAUUGGUCUUCGAGUUUUCCGUCGGCGGCCAUGGACGCGUUCAAGGAUGAGAUAGAGAUCGGGAGCUCGGUGGAGUCUUUGAUGGAGCUAUUGGAUUCGCAGAAGGAGCUUUUCCAUAGCCAGAUCGAUCAGCUCCAAGAUGUCGUCGUUGCCCAAUGCAAACUCACCGGCGUUAACCCCCUCGCGCAAGAAAUGGCUGCUGGUGCGUUGUCCAUUAAAAUUGGAAAGCGGCCAAGAGACUUGUUGAAUCCAAAGGCUGCUAAGUAUCUACAAGCAGUUUUCGCAGUUAAAGAUGCUAUUAGUAAGAGGGACUCUCGGGAGAUAAGUGCUCUAUUUGGCAUCACAGUCGCCCAGGUUCGAGAUUUUUUUGUUACUCAAAAGACAAGGGUAAGGAAACAGGUCAGGCUUUCAAGAGAGAAGCUAAUUUUGUCCAAUUCAGAUGCUCUACAAGGUGAUGGCGUUCCGGAAAAUAACAAUACCAGAAAUCAUGUUGAUCCCGUUCCCUUGAACUCUGUACAUCCAGAGGCAUGUUCUAUAAGUUGGGGUGAAGGUGAAACAGUGGCACUUAUGCCACCCGAGGAUAUUCCACCCGACAUCAGUGACUCAGACAAAUACUUUGUUGAGAAUAUAUUUUCUCUGUUGCGUAAAGAAGAAACAUUUUCAGGCCAAGUGAAAUUAAUGGAGUGGAUCAUGCAGAUUCAAGAUUCUUCCGUACUGAUCUGGUUUUUAUCAAAAGGAGGGGUUUUGAUACUUACAACAUGGUUGAGUCAAGCUGCUGCUGAAGAGCAAACAAGUGUCUUACUCCUUAUCCUGAAGGUUCUUUGUCAUUUGCCUCUUCACAAAGCAUCUCCUGAAAAUAUGUCAGCCAUAUUGCAAAGCGUCAAUGGACUUCGUUUCUAUAGGACGUCAGACAUAUCAAACAGGGCAAAAGGUUUGUUAUCAAGAUGGACCAAGUUAUUUGCUAAAAUCCAAGCUAUGAAGAAACAGAAUCGUAACAAUUCGCAAAUUGAUUCGCAGAGUCAAUUGCUUCUGAAACAGAGUAUUGCUGAAAUCAUGGGUGAUACUAGUAAUCCUGAAGAUAUACUUAGCCUUACAAAUGGAAGGUCAGAGAAUGUCAGGAGGUUUGAAUCGUCACAGGGUCCAAAAUUGUUACUUACUUCUGCAGAUGAUUCCACCAAGAAACACAUGCUUGGUUCAACUCCAUCAUAUAACAAAGAACGUAGGAAAGUACAGAUGGUGGAACAACCAGGCCAAAAAGCUGCUGGAAAGAGUCCUCAGACAGUAAGAAUAGGAACUUCAAUUCGAAGCCGCCCUAUGUCUGCUGAUGAUAUUCAGAAAGCAAAGAUGCGUGCCCUUUAUAUGCAAAGCAAGAAUAGUAAAAAGGAUGCUUUACCAAGUGCCAUUGGUGAUUCGAAAACCAUUGUUCCUGAGAAGCCAUUGGCUCUUCAGUCGUCCAAGGAUUUUCCACCUAGUCAGAACAGUGAAGCUAAGACUGAAGAUACAAAUGUACCUUCAGCUAUUCAGCCCGUUGAUGGACCAGCCAUAAUUGUCCCGAUACAAACUGAUGAAAUUAAAAAACCCUUUUUAACACCUUCUAAAAGCAUUUCUAAUAAGGUGGGAAUUUUGGUGAAAAUGAGUCCACAAACUAUUCUCAAGAAUUGCAAGAGAAUACAGAUUGAUUGGCAUGUACCUCCAGGAAUGGAACUUGAUGAAGCAUGGAGAGUAGCUGCUGGUGGUAAUAGCAAGGAGGCUGAUGUUCAGAGAAACAGAAACCGGCGAGAAAGAGAAACAACAUAUCAGUCUCUACAAACUAUACCAUUGAAUCCUAAGGAACCAUGGGACAGGGAAAUGGACUAUGAUGACGGUUUGACCCCUGAAAUUCCGUCUCAACAGUCACCGGAAGAAAGUUCAACAGAACCUCAGGAAUCACUUGAUGAACGAAGAACUGCUGCCGGUGCUGCCACAACCUCAUCAUCUCUAAGCUGUCCUGAACCUGAUCUCGAAUUAUUAGCUGCGUUACUUAAGAACCCAGAUCUUGUUUAUGCACUGACUUCUGGCAAGCCCAGUAAUUUAGGCGGCCAAGAUAUGGUAAAACUGCUUGAUGUGAUUAAGACUGGGGCACCAACUUCGAGUAGUAGCUCAAAUAAGCAGGUUGAAGAAAAGGUCGAAGUUUCUCUUCCAUCUCCCACUCCAGCAACUAAUCCUGGAAUGAGUGGAUGGGGACAAGAAGCAAUUCGGAAUCCAUUUUCUAGGCAAAACCAAGUCGGUGCUGCAGUUGCUAGAUCGGGUACUCAUCUUCACGUCACCUCAAUGCAAUGGCAAUCAACAAACGAACAAGCGAUCCCACGACAUGCUACAGCAGCAUAUAAUAACUCGCUCAUAUUGUCUCACACGGAAAGACAACAACAACAACAACAACAAAUGCAACCACAACUUCAUCACAAUCAUCAUCUUCAUCAACAACCAAUCUCAACAACAUCGUAUGCAGUAAGGGAACCGGUAGGACAAAUUGGCACAGCUACAUCGUCGGGGUCAUGGAGGUCGCAGCAGAGUCAGAACAGUUACUACUCACAUCAAGGAAACGAUAUAGCAUUGGCGUCACAAGCUUCUUCUUACCAAGGGAAUAACCAGUACAUGAGUAGCAAUCGAGAAUAUGAAUCAUGGAGUCCUGAUCAUAGCCCAAGUAGGAACCAUCCUAACGUGAGGGGGCAACAACAACAACAACAACAGCAACAACCAUCGAGGAAAUAUGAUUCUUCCUCUCACCCUUAUUGGAACCAAAACAAAAGAUGGCGUUGAGACAAAUAUGAGAUUUUGGUUCGUUUUGAUCUUCAAUACAAUACUUGUUUGUCAGGGUUCAAUUAUCAUUUUCACAUCUUGGAACACAGAUUUUUCAUUAUUAUAAUUAACUCACAAAAGAUUCAUAAGA